CGGUAUCCAGAGAUGGGAGGGUGCCCGCUUUCCACGAUUCGGUUUGUUGCUGUUUCAGCAACAAUCCCAAACAUUGAAGAUAUCGGUGAAUGGCUGAAGGUUCCGCCUCGCGCACUGAAGAGGUUUGGAGAAGAAGUACGUCCCGUAAAACUGACUACGAAAGUCUUGGGCUAUGCUCCUGCCAAGAACGACUUUCUUUUCGAAAGGGUGAGAGCGAAGCUCUUUGUCGCUGUAUACUAAUUUUUCUAAAGCAGAGGCUACAAGGCUUUCUUUUUGAUAUUAUCAUGCAGGACGCGAAGGAUAAGGCUGUUCUAGUAUUCUGCUCCACUAGAAAGGGAGCACAAGAAGCUGCUACUACAGUAGCUCGUGCCGCUUCAAGCAUGAACUUUCGCAAUCCUUUCAUCAAAAGUCAAGAGCACUAUGAAAGAUUACAGCUUGCUGCAAGGUCUUCGAAGGACAAGCAUUUACAAGAAUGCAUAAGAUGUGGAGUUGGCUUUCACAAUGGUGGUAUGGACAUGAUAGAACGGAGCCUUGUCGAAAAUCUGUUUCUAAGGGGAGAUAUUCAUAUUCUGUGUACUACAAACACGCUUGCGCAUGGAGUUAAUCUCCCUGCUCACACAGUCAUCAUAAAAUCGACACAGUACUUUAACAAAGACAAAGGCUGUUACACGGAAUACGAAAGAUCGACGCUUGUGCAGAUGUGUGGACGGGCUGGCCGUCCUCAAUUUGACGAUAACGGCCUUGUUAUUAUAAUGACACGAAGAGACACGGUCCAUCUUUACGAGAAUCUUCUUUCUGGAUCGGAAGUUGUGGAGUCAGAGUUACUUCCUGCAAUAGCGGAGCACUUGAACGCUGAAAUAGUUUUGAUGACCGUGUCGGACGUUAGUUUGGCAAUUGAGUGGCUGAAAGCUUCUUUCCUAUACGUCAGAAUAAAAAAAAAUCCUCAGCACUAUAAGGUCGAUAGAGCUCGUGAAGAUCAUCUCGAAAAUCAUCUCAAAGAAAUUUGUCUGAGGAAUGUCAACGAACUGGCUGAGUUCCGACUUGUUGAAACUGAUGAAUAUGGAUUUCAGCUGAAGCCUCUAGAACCAGGACGCCUAAUGGCGAAGUACUAUUUGGACUUCAGCACAAUGAAGGAAAUAACCAAGGCACCAAUCAAGUGUGCUGUCGAAGAUAUGAUCUAUACUUUGGCCAAGUCACAAGAACUUUCAUGGAUCCAGCUCAGGCGAAACGAGAAGAAACUACUGAAUGAUAUAAAUGGGGAUACAACUGGUAAAAUCAAGUACCACGUUCUGGGAGUGAACGGGAAGAUUAAAAAGCGCAUUCAAUCACGAGAAGAAAAGAUCUUUCUUCUGAUUAAUGAUGCUUUGUCGGGAGAUCCAUCCACGCUAGACUUCACUAUGAGUCAGGACGUGACUGCUAUCUGUACAAAUGGAACCCGCAUUUCCCGUUGUAUGAGCGAAUACUUUAGGUUCAUGAAGCGUUUCAAGGAAACUGUGACUGCCUUGAAGCUAGCAAAAUGUAUUCAUGAAAGGCUUUGGGAAGACAGUUCUUAUCAGCUUAAACAACUAGCUGGGGUGGGAAUGGUUACUGCCAAGGCAUUUCUUCAGUCCGGAAUCGAUUCAUUCGAUAAACUAGCGAAAGCGGACCCAAGGAAGCUGGAAGCUAUUACUGGGCGAAAAUAUCCUUUUGGCAACCAAGUCAAAGAAGCACUGGACAAACUUCCUCCCAGAAUAGACAUGAAGCUAAUCGAGACUCGACGGAAUACAUCUGGAAAUCAUGAGCUUACACUGAUAUUAACACGUCCGGGAAAGACAACGGCUUCUAUGUGCAAUGUUGCACACUUGGUUGUGGGAAGCGAAAAAACGAAUCGGCUUUACUACUAUGAGAGAAUAAGGGUUGAACAGUUUUCCAGGUUAUUAUGUUUUGCUGAUCUUAAGCUUUCAUAGCUCAGUAGCUGAUCUUGUUUCCUUCAACAGCCCGUACUCCGUUUCUUUAUCUAUAGAACGUAAUGCGGGUAAGGACGUGGACGUGGACGCUGCUCUCAUUUCCGAAACUUAUGUUGGGAUCGACCUUGUGG